GUGGAAACCCCUGAGCAAUCUGCGAGCGUCACGGGUGGCCUUGCUCAUGCGGACCUGCUGCCAAACUUUGCACCUGUACGCCUGCCUGCAAGCCGCAGUGACGAAUUGGAGGCGGGCAAGUCGACGAUCUUCAGGAAAGCGUCAUCCCUCAUGGAUGUCUUUCAGAGCAAGCUAGAUGUGAAGGCACCUGUGUAUGUCACACAUCCAACUCCCUCAAGCCCCCCCAGCACCCCAGGUAAAUUACGCUCAGCGCCUUCAUGGGCAGCUCGUGCCGGGGUUGCAAGGCCAAGUCUGCACCAGAGGCGGGCCUCAAACACUGGCCUACGUGUCAGAGUCGAGCCCUCUGACAUAUCAGAAAUGAUGUCAGUUGUGUCACUGGCAAGUGAGCCAACGGGUACCCUGACCCCCACACUGGCAUAUGCCAAAUUCGCGCCCAAGGACUUCUUGGAGCUCAGCUCCGUUCGUUCGGAGAUGGGCAGCCAGGCUUCAGCGUCCCCACGUACGAUGGCCAGCACAACGGGUGGUGACACACCCUUUGGUGAUUGGAGGAGGGGCCAAUCAGUGAGCACGGACACUGCUGGAGAGGGAUUCCAGCCAUUCCUGCAGAGUGGGAGCUUUGACGACAGUGCCGAGAGCCAGAUUGGUGCAGAUCUGUCCCGUGAUGAUGUGAGCUUUGCCUCGGCGGGUGACAGUGCCAACAGCACUCUGGGCCCUGGCUUGUGGCUGGCUGAGUGGCGGUUGAGGAAGGCACUGAGUGCUGAGGACAUGUUUGAGGACCUGUUUGUUGAGCUCACCCUCACAGCAGCCUGGUGCUAUGCAAGGGCUGGGCGCAUACGUACAAGCGUCAUCCUGCGUGUGGAUGUUGCCCCGCUGCUGCUGCGGCAUGGCAUGGUGGCCCAGGCACAGCAGCUGUACCGCCUUAAAUGCGAGAUGUAUGCCAAGGAGGGUUGGCCAGUCCUGAUGGAGGAUGUCUUGCCAUGCUACGCAGCCUCCCUGCGGGCUUCAGACCCUGCAGGCCUCAUGGCAGUGUGCCUGACGAUGCUGGCACUGCCUGCUGGGCUUGUGGGCCAGGAGGACAGGGUCCAGCUGCAGGAAGAAUUUGAAGAGUGUGGUAGAAUUCUGGAGGACAGGGGAGCCAAGUCACUAGUGGCACUUCCAGCUCUGCAGAUAUCACCGUUGAAGCUCGGGUGCUCCUCGUUCUUUGGAGACGUCGAUGACAACGCGGAGCCGGUGCUCGUUCCCCCUGCUUGUGCAGCGUCUGGCAGUGGGGAAGGAGUCCAUUCCCGGGGGGCCCUUCUGGCCCACGCCGGGGACAUCGUUGAGCUGGACGUGGAGGUGCGCAGCACAUUGCCUCGGCCAUUGAAGGUAACCAACGCCAGCCUCACGCUGCUGUUGGUUGGCGGCCGAGCACUGGAAACAGAGAUGGGUGCGUUGCUCGCAGUGGCUCGACUGCACUGUCUGUUCUGGUGCUGCCCAUGCAUGAUUCGAAAUGUCAUUGUGAACAUGGCUUCUUCCUUUGAGCUCAGCUGUGCCUUUUGA